AGUGUCCUCAGUUGUUGUCAGGAUUUCAUUGAAAGAUCAUGUCUUUAAUACAUAUAAUUAACUUGAAGUUAAAGUUUCAUUUUCAUCAAUAUCACACAGUGCAAUAAAAAAAUUUAUAUAAAAUAUGAAUUAAAAAAAAUAUUUAUCAAACUUUUCAUGUAUUAUUUUACAUGAGAAAGUUAUAAAAUUUUGUUAUUUUCAAGUUUAAAUAUAAAAUAUGUUUUAGCAAAUUAAGAAAAAAAAAAAAGAUUUUUUAACAAAUUACAAAAAUUAUUUUUAAUUAAUCGAAAUUUAAAAAACAAGUUUUAAAAAACAUGAUACGAACAAAAAAGGAAGAUUACAGUCUAGUGAUUGUUUUUCAAUAUGUAGCUGGCAUAACAUCCACACUCAUCGCCCUGGGAUACAAUUCAGUGUUAAGUUGGAUGUCACCAGCGUUACCAUAUUUAACAAGUGACAAAGCAAAUUCACCACUAUUGGCAACCGAUUUUGAUUUAAUUGCAACAGCAUCGACACUUGGAAGUUUUUUCGGCUAUUUGGCAAAUCCACCUCUUGUCAAGUAUUUUGGCACUAAAUGGACACUGUUGAUAUUUGCAAUUCCACAAAUAAUAUCAUGGAUUAUGCUCGUGAUUAAUGAAGAAUUUACAACAAUAUGGAUAUCAAGAUUAAUAAGCGGUUUAUCAUAUUGUGGUGCGUUGGGAUCAUUGACCGAAUAUUUAACAGCCAUCAGUAAUUCAGGCAAUAGAAGCAAAUUAUAUGCCAUAAUGAAUCUCUCUUCAAAUUUUGGCACUUUAUUGCCACUAGCACUUAGUCUUUUUCUAACAUAUUUCCAAAUGAAUCUCAGUCUAAUGAUGAUACCAAUAAUUUUUUUUGUCGUCUUUUUAUUUAUGCCAAAGUCAUCAUAUUUUGUCGAGAUGAAUAAAUGGAAGGAGGAAAUGAAAAAUAAUUUGGAAAUUACAUCACAGAAAGUGAAUAUCAACAAAAGUGAUGAAAAGAAUUUUGCAAUUAAUGAUAAAAUUUCAAUAAUUGAAAAUAAUGGAAAUAUUUUAGUACCAAGGGAUGUUAUCGGUAACGGUGAUUUAGAUAAAAAGAAAAAUUUUCAAACUGAAAUCAAAAUGCCCGAGAGUGAUAAUAUUUUAAGGAAUCAUUUUAUUCUGAAUAAACCAACGCUUAUUGAUGAUAAGGCAAAGGAAAAGAAGAAUUGGUCGAAAAUUUAUUUUUCGAACAUUUGUCAUGAAAAGAUAAAAGAAAGUUCAUUUUGGAAAUUGUUUAUGGAAAGAAACAAUAGAAAGUCAUUGUUUAUAUUAAUGUGUGUCUGUUGUUUAGAUAUUUUAGCUGGUCAUAUACCAAUUGUAUCUUAUACUGAACAAUUUUUAACAUAUCCUGGAUCAAUUAUGGAUGGUGGUAAGGCAUCAUUUUUAAUGACAAUUAUCAAGGUGAUUGUAAUUUUAAUUAGUACACAAUAUGUGGAGAAGAUUGGUAAAAAAAAACUUCUUCUUAUUUGUGGUAUUGUUGGAUCAUGUUCCAUGAUACUUGUGGGAUUAUUUUUCUUUUUUCAUAGUCAAAAUUAUGAUAUUUCAACAAUUGGAUGGUUCCCAUUGGUUUUUAUCACCAUUUCCGAAAUUGCAAAUGCCCUCAGUGUUGGAAAUACAUAUUAUGCAUAUCAGGGCGAACUUUUUUCAAACGAUGUGAAAACAUUAGGUAUUAGUAUCACUAAUACAAUGUACAUGAUUAUACAAUUGAUUGCGCUAAUGAAAUUUCAAGUAUUAUUACAGAUUUUAGGUUUAUAUGUGAUUUUUUGGUUUUUUGCAUUUAUGUACAUUUUAAUGACACUUGUUAUAUUUAUUGUUGGACCGGAAACUCAGGGUAAAACAUUACAGGAAAUUCAAAUGGAAUUAAAAAAAUGAAUUUAACUAACGCCUUUUUUUCCGGAUUUAAAAAUUGUUUAUAUUUUUGUAUUACGAUUCUGUAAUAGUCUUAAAAUAUAUAAUUAUAAUUUUUAUUA